UCCCGUGCUUCCCGGGUGCCGCAGUGAACUUGAGCCUUCCAGCUUGUGCGUCCAAGUGCUGGAGCGGAGUGCGCGCGCGAGCCGGAGGGGGAAGAUGUUUGAGAGCCUGCGCGAGCGGCUCCUCAGCGUCCAGCAGGAUUUGACCUCAGGGUUGAAGACUUUAGGUGACAAAUCAAGAGAAACCAAAAUAAGUAAACAGAGGACAGUACAAUGUUUGCCAGAGUUUUCUGCUGGAUUAGUUCUGCUGAGCAGGUAUGAAGAUACAUGGGCAGCUCUUCACAGAGGAGCAAAAGAAUCUGCAAAAGCUGGAGAGCUGGUGGAUAGUGAAGUUGUGAUGCUUUCUGCCCACUGGGAGAAGAAAAGAAGUAGUCUCUUAGACCUUCAGGAACAGCUCCAGCAAAUUCCAGUAUUUUUAGCAGAUUUGGAAUCCACAACAGCUAGCUUGAUCCAAUUGGAAGAAAGCUUUAAGGAAAUGGAGAAUCAUUUACUAUAUCUUGAGGAUCUCUGUGGACAGUAUGAAUUGGAAAGAUACAAGCAAAUGCAAAUGCUACAGCUGGAAAAUUACAAGAAGACCAAACGGAAAGAACUUGAAAUCUUCAAAGCUGAACUCGAUGCAGAGCAUGCUCAGAAGGUGCUAGAUAUGGAGCACACCCAACAAAUGAAGCUAAAGGAGAGGCAGAAGUUCUUUGAAGAAGCUUUCCAGCAGGACAUGGAACAGUACCUCUCCACAGGCUAUCUGCAAAUAGCUGAAAGACGAGAGCCAAUAGGAAGUAUGUCUUCUAUGGAAGUGAAUGUGGACAUGUUGGAACAAAUGGACCUCGUAGAUAUGUCUGACCAAGAAGCCUUAGAUGUUUUCCUUAAUUCAGGAGGAGAGGAUGGUACUAUGCCAUCUCCUAUGAUAGGAUCAGACUCCGGCACCUGUCAAAAUGAAAUCAGUCUUCAAGUUCCCACUCAAUCAGAGUUGAGGGAGAAGUUGUCUUCCUCAGCAUCAACCUGGACUGAUUCUGCUAGCCAAGAUGCCAGUGAGGGAGAGUCACCUGUGAUUCAAUCAGAUGAGGAAGAUGUGCAAGUGGACACGGCUCUUGUUGCUGUAAAUAUGGAAAUGAAAGGCCCUUCUGAUGUUAGUGAUGAGAGUGAUUCACAAACAAUUUGAAUCUUAUAUCACAAUGCUCUAUAGGAAUUAGGACCCAGGAAUGAAUGAGUAAAGAAAUGAUUAAAUGAGCUCGUCUGUUGUUAAUAUGACCUAACAUGAAAUUUGAGUUUGACAGUCAUAUGAAAUACUAAUUUUUAUAAAAAAUUCUUGAAGCACACCAUUUAGCAAUAAAGUCUUGGCUUUUGAACAGUAAACCUGUUAUGGAGGGUUAUCCAAAGAACAAAUAAUAAAAAGGGUUUAUUUUGAAAUCAUUAGGAAUGUAAUACAGAAGCCAUGUUUGAUUUUUGUGAAUGCAAUGUUGAUAUCUUCAUUGUUGUACUAAAGACUGAUAAGAUUUGCUGAAGCAAUGCGUUUUACACGCCUAUAAAAAGAACAAAAUGAA